AUGACAUCAGCCGCCAUUCUUGCAAGGAACUCGCAAGCGGGUCCACACAAAUGCUCGAGAAUAAAUCCUUCUACUGGCAAGCCCUGCAACACAAUCUUUUCACGGCCAUACGAUCUUACACGACAUGAGGAUACGAUCCACAACAACCGCAAGCAAAAGGUCCGGUGUCCACUUUGUCGUGAGGAGAAGACAUUCUCACGUAAUGAUGCUCUCACCCGCCACAUGCGUGUGGUCCACCCCGAGGUGGAGGCAUAUGGCAAGCGAGGACGACGCGGCGAUUGA